AUGAAACAAUCGUUUAAUGAUAAACGGAAGAAGAAGAAAGUUCUAACAAAAAAAGUAUCGAAGAAAAAGAAACUUUUCAAAGAUCCAUUUCUUCGUGAACUUAAUCAAAAAAAAGUCAAAACACAAGAACCAAUAAAUCCAAUUCUUCCAACAAACAUUACCAAAGAAGAUGAUAUAAUUAGUUCACGGACAGCAUCCAAUAAAGCGAAUAUAGCUCGUCUUUUACCAAAAACACGUUUACAAUUACCAACACAUGCAUUACGAUCUGCCCGAACAUUUGCUCAAUGUCCAUCUAUGAGUGUUGUGAGUAAUGAACAAAUACCAACUCAACAUCGUCAGUUACCUGUUGUAUGUUCACGUGGUGCACUUAAUUUUCAUGCUCGACGUUUGGGUACAGCAAAACGUGUGGAUAAUGAAUAUCGUUUAGGACAAAUUCAAAAACGAAAUGCUGGAAAAAUAAAAAUUGAUAAAUUGUAG